AUGCUAUCAUUCAUACAGUACACACUAGGAAUCAUGAGCAGUCUCGGCAACGGCAACAAUCAGCACAACAUCAACAGCAACACCGGAAGCAGCCAAAACUCGGCAGCAGAAGGCACAAUGGAGCGUGGAAGCUGCAUCCUCGUACGUUAUGCAAGCCAAAAUUCACUGGACGAAAGCUCGCAGAAGCAGCUGCCACGGUCAAAUGGGAAGGAAAAAACGACCGGAGCCUACCGUAACAACAUCCACACUCAGCGUUCAUUCGAGGCCAUGAACAUGAUGCGAGAGCAAAAUCUUCUCUGUGAUGUGGUGCUGGUCGCGGAAGGCAUUGAAAUCCCUGCCCACAAAAUGGUGCUCGCAUCCUGCAGCCCGUACUUCUAUGCGAUGUUUACCGGGUUCGAGGAAAGCCGACAGGACCGCAUCACACUGCAAGGGGUCGAUCCGCGAGCACUGCAGCUACUGAUCGAGUACGUGUACCGGGCGGUAGUGGAGGUUACGGAAGAUAACGUGCAGAUACUGCUGACUGCGGCCAAUUUGCUGCAACUGACCGAUGUGAGGGAUGCGUGCUGUGACUAUCUGCAGACCCAGCUCGAUCCAAGCAAUUGUUUGGGGAUACGCGAUUUUGCCGACAUACACGGGUGCAUCGAUCUACUGAACUAUGCGGAAACAUACAUUGAGCAACAUUUUUCGGAGGUCGUUCAGUUUGACGAGUUUCUAAAUCUGACCAGUGAUCAAGUGGCUCAUCUGAUCAAGAGCGAUCGUUUAUCAGUACCAACAGAGGAGAAGGUCUACGAAUGCGUCAUCACUUGGAUACAGUACGAUGUGAAUGGACGCCAGCACCAUCUGGCAGAGCUUAUGGAACACGUACGGUUACCAUUACUCUCCCAGGACUAUCUCGUCCAGUACGUCGAGAAGGAGCAGCUCAUGAAGGGUGACCUUCAGUGCAAAGACUACAUUAUAGAGGCACUCAAAUAUCAUCUGCUCAAGGGUGAACAGAAAACGUGUUUCAAAACGCCCCGCACCAUUCCACGCCAACCCGUUGGAUUGCCGAAGGUGUUGCUUGUUAUCGGUGGCCAAGCACCGAAAGCUAUCCGCUCGGUCGAAUGCUACGAUCUGCGGGAGGAAAAGUGGUACCAGGUAGCUGAGAUGCCCACACGCCGUUGCCGAGCCGGGCUGGCCGUGCUAGGCGACAAGGUGUAUGCCGUCGGUGGCUUCAAUGGGUCGCUGCGUGUGAAAACGGUCGAUGUGUACGAUCCGAUACUGGACCAGUGGACCACGAGCCACAACAUGGAGGCACGUCGAUCGACGCUUGGUGUUGCGGUACUUAACCAUUGCAUUUAUGCCGUCGGUGGGUUCGAUGGGUCGACAGGCUUAAGCUCGGCGGAGAUGUUCGAUCCCAAGCGGCAAGAGUGGCGACUGAUUGCGUCCAUGUCGACGCGCCGCAGUUCGGUAGGAGUCGGUGUAGUGAACGGUCUCCUGUACGCCGUUGGUGGGUAUGACGGUGCGUCGCGACAGUGUUUAGCCUCGGUCGAACGGUACAAUCCUUCCACGGACACCUGGACACAGAUUGCGGAAAUGUCUGCCCGACGUAGCGGAGCGGGAGUCGGUGUGCUGGAUAACAUUCUGUACGCGGUGGGCGGUCACGACGGGCCGUUGGUACGAAAGUCGGUCGAAGCUUACGAUCCAGCUACAAACACUUGGCGUGCGGUGGGUGAUAUGGCAUUCUGUCGACGGAACGCUGGAGUUGUCGCACACAACGGCAUGCUGUACGUGGUCGGUGGUGAUGAUGGACUCUCGAAUCUUGCAUCGGUUGAAGUGUACAGCCCGGAGACUGACAGUUGGCGUAUUUUGCCCUCGUCGAUGAGCAUCGGCCGCAGUUAUGCUGGAGUAGCGAUGAUAGAUAAGCCCUUGUGA